AUGCCACCGAUAUAUCAGAUCGAUAAUUUCGAAGAUUGUUUCAUCUCUCCAAACAACGUGUAUUGCUCAGUACAUUUUAACCUCGUGUCGGAUCAGCCCAGUGAAUUGCUUCAUCUCAUACAGGAAUAUUCCAAACACAUAGUAACACAUUACAACCACACUAAGUUAAGAUAUGGUGUGUGUGUUACUAAGAGCUGCCAACAUAUACGGAAUGAAUCAGCGGUCUCAAGACACGCCCUUGAGGAAUGCCUGAAUUCGAGUAUGUGGGAAAAUUAUGAGUUGAAGACGCAGGUGGAGAAUUAUUCCUGUUAUAACCAGUAUGAUAAUAAUUAUAUAGAUACAGCAGAUAUUAUUGUUGGUGUUGUCCUGAUGUUUAUAGUCCUACUGAAUAUUGUUGGAAGUAUCUAUGACACUUGUUCAGGAAAUACUAAAGAUAGAUCAGUUUUGGUCUGUUUUUCAAUAAAACGUAAUUGGAGGCGCCUAACAUCAUGCAGAAAGAACAUGGAGCCGCGACUGCAGAGGCUCAAAGGACUAAACGGAAUUAGAUGUAUUGUUCUUUACGGUGUUAUAUUGGUGCACUGCUACUGGGCGUAUGUCGUAGCAGUAGAAAACUCUCAUGAAUUGGAAUUGAUGUUUCACAGCUUGCCCCUGUACUUAUUCUUCAACGGCCCCAUUGCAAUACAGACGUACAUAGUCAUAUGUGGAUUUCUUCUAGCUUACAAAAUGCAAAUUUAUUCUGAAAAGCAUUCCACAAGUUGGCGGACAGUUCCGAAGGCUUUAUUGUUGCGGUAUCUAAGGUUAACACCAGCGUACGCCCUGACAAUAGCUUUGAUGGCGACAUGGUUAAAGUUUGCAGGACCUUCAGCACUAUGGGAGGUCACAGCGAAGCCCUCGUUUGCGGAUUGCCAGAAACGUUGGUGGAUAAAUCUGCUUUACUUGAACAACUUCGUGUACGACUCUCAGUGUAUGGUUCAUGGCUGGUAUUUAGCAGUCGACAUGCAACUCUAUUUUUAUGGACUCAUCCUAUGUGUUUUAUUAAAAAAAACUAACUAUAGAAAAAUUAUCCUGAUAUCCAUCUUUAUCAUCGGCUUUCUUAUACCAGGAGUCCUCACAUACAUACAUGAUCUUCAAGGCGCGAUGCUCUUCAUACCUAGUGAGGCUAAUUAUUUAUUCAAAACUGAGCCAACAUUUAAUAAGAACUACAAAACGACGUAUGGAAAUAUACCCAGCUUUGUGAUUGGUCUAUCACUUGGCUACCUGGUGUACAGUUGGCAACAGAAAGACAUAAAUAUUGAAAAAUAUAAGAAAUUUCGUAUCAUAUAUUGGGCCUUAUUCCCUUUGAUAUUAGCCAUCGUACUAUCGGGCACAUAUUUAUAUCGUGAUGCACCGAUAGAUCCAAUUUAUGUUCGAGUACUUUUUGCGACGUUUACGAAGCCUUUAUAUGGAGUUACGAUGGCUCUCUUGAUUUGUGGAUUGAUAUUUAAAAUAGAGGGUAUAUACCGCAAAUUUCUGGAAUUGGAUAUGUGGACGAUACCUAGCACGCUAUCCUACGGCAUCUACGUCGUUCACUUCUCUUUCAUACGUAUACACGUCGCCAUGAAUUCUCAUUUGUUUUACAUAACUAGUUAUAAUCUGAUUCUAAUGACAACGUGUAUCGCAGCUGUGUCUUUCAUAGCAGCGGUCCCUCUCUGGUUGUUUGUGGAAGCUCCUUUCAUAGAACUCAUUAAGUAUGUUAUAAACUUAAACGCCCCGCCGAAGGAAAAGAAAGUGCUCAAUAUUGAAAAACCUGUUGCUAGCACUUAUUUG